AGGCACACCCGGUAUUUCCGCGUGGAACUCUUGUAGAGGGACCGUUUCGGCAGUAAUGCAACACUGUGGAUGCCAACUGCCGUAAAACUCCAAUGAAGAAGAGGGCUGUACAGUAGGUGGCGAUAUGCAAUAAGUACAAGUUGCAAAAGCCAAGAAAGAAGAAGAAGAGGGACCGUUUCAGUUGGAACAGACCUGUCAGUGCCAAAUGUUGUUAGCCUGCAGCACCAGUUCAUUGUUAAAGACAGCAGCCAGCAGGGUAUCAUUUGUUCUGCAUUUAUCGUCGAAAAGAUACUCUGAAUGGAAUGACAGGUCGAUUCGAGCAAACGUGAAUCGAGCGGCUUUACAUUUAGGAAAAGGGUUGAGCAGGUAGAGUUUCGCGCAGCGGAUGAUUUAAAGCUGAAAACAUGGCUAGGUUCAUGAGUAGACUAUGGUGUAAGGUGGAGUCGUCCGGUCGUCAUCUGCCUAUCGUUCUGAACGCUUUGCUGGUGUUCUCCAUCACUGCCGAGGUUAGUUAUUUGGUGCUGGUCGAGGCUCCCCUUGAGCCAGAACAGAAGAAGACUGAGUGGUCCACCAUGUGGAAGGCCAUGCAUCUCUUCGCUCAGUACUUCAUGUUGGGAAAUAUAACCUGGAAUGCAUCGUUGUUUGUCAAAACUAACCCAAGUAUUCGCGGAGUGUUUCUUGGAGGCGAUGCAUUGGGUCAAGGGUGGAGGUACUGUUACAAGUGUGAGACACACACUCCUCCGCGAUGCUCACACUGCUACGAUUGCAAUGUGUGUGUGCUGCGGCGUGAUCACCACUGUGUGUUUUUUGGCCAGUGUGUUGGUUUCUACAAUUACCGGUAUUUCCUGACCUGUCUGUUCUUCAUGUGGGCAGGGCUGCUUUAUGCAGUAGUAAUGAAUGCUGAGGUCUUCAUUGUCAUCCUGAAGGAGGGUGUAACAUUUCACAGCGUCUUGUUAUUGCUCAUGCCCUGGAUAAUGCUCGUCUCUGGACAGGUGACGGCACGAGCGUUUGCUUUUGCAUUCAUUGCCGACACUUGUGUAGUGGGCUUCCUAUUGGUUGCUGCCUUCCUCUUCUUUCAUGUGGUUCUGAUGCUGAAAGGACAGACUACACGUGAGUGGUACUCCACACGGCAGCCUUACAACCUGGGAGCGUUGGCCAACAUCAGGGAAUGCUUGGGCAAGUACUGGUACAUCUGCUGGCUCUGUCCAUUGAUACCUUCCCCGCUGCCUGGAGAUGGCAUAAACUUCAAGGUGACUGGUUCGCUAGAGCCCAUGAAGUAGGGUGUGCACUGAUAGAUAUUUUCUCAUUGCAAUUUUAAUACAUUGGCCCAGCUGAUGCAGAAUGGCAUGUUGUUGAGCCUGAAGCAGCGGUUGCAUUCUGGUGGUUUUAAUUGGUGUUAAUUUGAUGUAUGUAAAGUACAUAAUUUUAAAUAUUUUAUUAUGCUUUUUUUUCUCCCUUGUUCUAUUGUGCAAUCUUUGCUUUCGUAAAGCAAAUAUUUUUUUGGAAAGGGGAAGUAUUUUUUUCUGAUUGAAU